AUGGAAGGUCCGGACGUUUUGUCCUGGAACGCCAUGCUCACGGUCUACACGCACAAUGGAUUCAUGGAGCAAGCAAAGCAUUUCUUCGAUUCCAUGGAGCAGCGGAGUGUGGUGUCGUGGAACAUUGUCCUGUCCGCACUUGGAGAGCUCGAUGAUUGUUGCUACGAGAGUUUCUUCGAAUCCAUGCCUUGUUGGGACGUGAUCUCCACAAACACGGUGCUCAAAGUUCUGACUGAGCACGGAAAAAUCGUCCAAGCUCGUGAUAUUUUCGACAAUACAAGCGAGAGGAACCUUGUGUCGUGGUCAAUAAUGGUCACUGCAUAUGCCCAGGUCGGAGAUUUGCAAGCCUCCGAGAGCUUCUUUUUAAAGAUGGCAGAGGGAAACACGAUAAGCUGGUCGGCUAUGGUGGCCGCGUAUUCUUACGAAGGAUUGUUUAUGGCCAGAGCUCGAGAGACGUUUGAUUUGAUGCCACAAAGGAAUGUGGUGUCUUGGAACUCGAUGGUCUGUGGAUUUGCCCAAGCUGGAUGCUUGGAGGAAGCAGAAGUGAUGCUUGAGAAGCAACCGCAACACAACCAAGCGUCGUAUGUUCCUCUUUUUCUUCUCUACGGUGAGAAGAAAAGGAUCGAUGAACUCAUGUCAAUGUUCCAGCGGCUUCCGGAGAGGAAUGUUGUGGUUUGGACGUCGCUCAUAUCAGCAUAUGCCCGUGGAGGGCAGUAUAAAAAGGCGAACGAUACCUUUGAAAGAAUUCCAUGCAGGAACACUGUGUGCUACAACAUCAUGCUUCAGAUGUACCGCGAGAAUCUUAAUACUGAGAAAGUUGGCGAGCUUUUUGGCGACAUGCCUCAGAGAAACUUGGCUUCGUGGACGACUAUACUUCAAGCAAACGCGGAUUCUGGUAAUCUUUGCACGGCCACAACGACAUUCUGGAAAAUGCCGGGGUGGAGAGUGAUAAGCUGGACUUCAAUGGUGUGUGUGCUCGUGUCCAAGAGGAAGCUGGAAGAAGCGAAAGUUUACUUUGAGAGGUGCCCCAUGCGUGAUCUUAUGUGUUGGAACGCUGCAAUUUCAGCUUUAGCCACUGCUGGAUAUCUAGAUCACGCAAAAGCUUUGCUCGAGAAAAUCCCGGCGAGCAAUAAUCUGUCAUGGGCAAGCAUGGUAAUUGCUUGUGGAGAGAAUGGAAACGUGACUCAAGCCAGAGAUUUAAUCCCUUGGAACGCUUCUCAAGAAACAUCAGUCUUGAAUGCUCUGAUCGUAACGCAUGCCCAUAAUGGCCAUCUUUUCGAAGCAGAAGAAAUCUUCGACCAAAUGCAUGAGAAAAACACGGUUUCCUGGAAUUCUAUGAUCGUUGCUUACGCUCAAAAAGGUUGCAUCCAAACUGCGUUGGAGCUAUCGUUCAGGAUGUGCCUUGAAGGUGUCAGCUGCGAGGAGACGACAGUCACAGGGAUUUUGUUUGCGUUUAGCCACGAAGGAAUGCUCCAGGAGGCGCUGUCGUGGUUUAGAUCCAUGGCUUUUGAUCACGACUUUAGACCGUCAGUGGAAAACUUCCGAUGCAUGGUAGACAUUCUGGCGAGAAUGGGAAGGAUUCACGAGGCAGAAGAGUUGAUUCACAGCAUGCCAUUCACUCCCGAUGACGUUUCAUGGGGAAGUUUGCUGAGUGCCUGUAGACUACAGAACGAUGUGGAAUGUGGGACACGAGUAGCCAGUAACAUCUUCUACUUACAACAGGAUCAAAAGCUCCUUAGAGCAAGUCCUUACAUGCUUCUUGCUAGCAUAACAAACUAG